AUCAAUGACUUCACCAUGAUUCUGUUCACUGUGGAGUCAGAUCCUACAGCUCCAGCUGUUGUUAAUUUUCUAAAAAGAGACAGAGACAUCCAAGAGCUCUGUCAGAGCUGUGGUGGUAGAUAUUUUGUCUUCAACAUCAAGGACAAGCAGCAGGUCCCUGAGUUGUUGGAUGUUGUGGAAAAGAUGAGAGCUGUGGGAUCCAGAGGCUUCACAAAGGAAAUUGUUGCCAAGCCUCGGAUGAAUAAGGCUGUAAGAUGUAAAUCCAGUCUGGACACAACAGUUCCUAAAGAACAGAACCCAGACCGUCUCAGGAUGGUGCUGGUUGGGAAGACUGGCAGUGGUAAGAGUGCCACUGGAAACACCAUUUUGGGGAAAGAAUACUUUCAUUCUAAACUCAGCAUAAAGUCAGUGACCAGACUUUGCAAGAAAGAAGAGGGAGAGAUCGAUGGGAGGCCAGUUGUUGUGGUCGACACCCCCGGCUUGUUUGACACCACUCUGUCCAAUGAUCAAGUCAAACAGGAGCUUGUAAAAUGUGUCAGUAUGUUGGCUCCUGGUCCUCAUGUGUUCUUACUGGUGCUGCAGAUUGGUCGCUUUACGCAGGAGGAAAAAGAAACUGUGGAUCUGAUCAAGAAGUUUUUUGGUAAGAAGUCAGCAGACUUUCUCAUGGUUAUAUUCACCAGAGGAGAUGAUCUUAAAAAUCAAACAGUUGAGAGUUACAUUGAAGAAGACAGUGAGGACUUUGUCAAAAAACUGACAAAUGAAUGUGGAGGACGAUACCAGGUCUUCAAUAACAAUGAUCAGAACAAUCGCUCUCAAGUCAGCCAGCUGCUGACCAAGGUGGAAUCAAUGGUGAGGAAAAAUGGUGGUAGCUACUACACCUCAGAGAUGUUCCAAGAGGCUGAGGCAGCCAUACAAAAGGAAAUGCAGAGGAUACUGAAGGGGAAGGAAGAGGAGAUACAGAGACACAAGAGGGACCUUAAAAGACAACAUAAAGAAAAAAUGCAAGAGACUAAGCAAAAACUUGAAAAAGAAAGAGCAGAGAGAGACAGAACGCUUAAAGAGAAGGAGGAACGAAUCCUCAAAGAGCAAAUGAGGAAGAAAAGGGAGGAUGAAGAGAGAGCAGAGCAGCAAAGGGAGAAGAAAAGGCAAGAGGAAAUUCAGCGACAGCAGUGGGAACAAAGAAAAUUAGAUUUGGAGAAGGAAAUGAAAUCUCAAUCUUUCCGCCAAACUGCCUACAGAGUGCUGAUGCAGAACAGAGAACGAAUACAAAGUGAACGAGAAGCUUGGGAGAAAGAACGAAAAGAAUGGUGGGAUAAACAACUUCAAGAAGAACAACAAAGACAAGAAGACGAGCAAAAACAACUGAAAAAGCUCAGAGAAGAAUAUGAGCAGGAAAAAAAAGAGUAUGAGCGCAGAAGAGAGGAUCAAAUCAGAAAAGAACAGGAGGAAAAAGAAUGGCAAGAAUUACAACAAAACUUUGAGAAGAAAGUGGAAGACAUGAAGAAGAAAAAUGAAGAGGAGGCCAGAAAACAAGCUGAAGAGUUCAGUGACUUCAGACAAAAAUAUACAACUGAAUUUGCAGCUCUGAUGAAAAAGCAUGACAAGGAAAUGGAGGAGAUGAAGCAGAAGCAACAAGAAGACAAGGACUUCAUGUUGAAACAUCUGCUUAUGAACAAAGCGUAUCAGCGAGACUUCGACAUACUGAGGAAAGAACAAGAACAAGAAAUGAGUGAGCUUCAACAGAGACUUUCUAUAGAAGACGCAGAAAAUCUGAAUGAGGAAGUCAAGGAACUACAGAGAAAACACAACAAAGAAGUUGAUGACUGGAUACAACAACAUGUGGCAAAUGCCACACAACAAAGGGCCUGCAAUAUUUUAUGAGACUUAUUUUAUCAUGUUUUUUCUCUACUCCAAAAAUGAAUGUUUAUUAUUCUCAGUUUAAAAAAUAAAUGUGGGGAACAAUAAUAAGUAUAAUAACAGUCAGUCUGGGGAAGACUGAUUCAGUUGUGUUCAUUAUUGCAUAAGUAUUUGUUGAGUUUGAUUUUAUUUCUAUUUUACUCAUUUG